GGUCAUCAGGCGAACCUGCGCCAGGAGUUUACGUGCUCGUCCAAAGCACCGAUGGGCUAAUGCCUGGAGAUCGGGUGUUUCGCAGGAUUAAAGAUUCGGAUAUAUAUUCACAUGAAAUGUCUACAUCGCAGACACAAAUCAACAGAUCAGACUAACAGGCUGUACUCAGCGCCGUGCUUCCGAACAGUGCAUCCAAAAUUGUUAUACGUCAAAACCAACCGUCUGCUGUCACUGUCAAGCAUGACUCACCAUCAGUGGAGUCUGCCGCCGCUCACUCACGUCUGUUUUCUCUCCACACAUAUAAACACACACGGCUACAGGAUAAAGUAUGCUGACAACAAAUCGAUCGGAAUUGUUCCAGUCCGAUGUCAAUCAAAUCGAGGACAAGGGGAAAUCGUACCUUCAUUCACUCAGCGCUUGUAUUCACUGUAUCUGUGUGAACCAGGACUGGAAGUCUUAAAUGAAGGUAUUCACGCCUGCGACUUCAAAAGGCUCUACUAUUUUUUGAAUCAGUAUGAUGUUCCAGUUGAGCUUUAUGCUCUACCUGAGUUUUAUCUUCGACAAACUACACUCUUCAUUCUCCCAAUUAGUGCAACCCGGUUUAUGUGAUACGCGCUGUCAUUGUCCUCCUGGGGAAGCUGUGGUCGACUGUAACCGACAGGACAGAUUACAAGGCGUACCCACUAAUAUACCCCUCGGUGUGCUCAAAUUGUACAUACAGGAUGGUGAUUUCCCGUCGCCAAGCUACCUCACCCGCGCAAAUAUGACAGGUCUGGAGCAAAUUGAAUAUCUGAGUAUAAUCUACUGCAACUUGCAGGCCAUUGAUAGUAAAACGUUUCUGGGAAUGACCAGACUCAAGCAGCUAGAUUUGUCACGCAAUGCAAUUCGUCGACUGGAUAUGUACACGUUUUUUGGUCUGCAACUGGUCAAUCUAUACUUACAGGAACAGCACAAUCUGACCGAGUCUGGGCUCUACAUUGCUUCCGACGCCUUUGACGGAUUGACUGCUGAGCAAAUCAAUUUGCGUGGUAACCAACUAACAUCUCUUCGAUUUAGUAUAUUUUCCAGAGUGAACAAUUUGCACCGACUAAUCCUAUCGGAUAAUCGCAUCACGCAACUGGACGAAGAGUUUUCCAAACAUUUCAACGGACAGUCUUAUCUGUUAGAUCUAACUGGAAAUCCCUUAGAGUGUAACUGUCGUCUUGCUUGGAUAGCAGCUUGGAGUGCUGACUGGGCCAAAAGCUUACCCGGGUUAAACAUGACGUGUGUUUAUAUUCCCAACCUACCCGGUCCUGACGAAAAACGUAAGCAAGUCGUAUUAGAAUUACAUCGACUCACAGCAGAGCAUCUCUGCCCAAGAUCACGUAUUCAGCACAUUGAAGUGAGCAUUUCUGACUUAGCAAGAAGGGCAAUUCUAGAAUGCACGGCAAUAGCCGCUCCGCGUAUAGCGUAUCCAAAGAAUACCAUUUCAGGAAGUUUAUUUACUUCAGAUUUACUUAACCGGGCUCCUCCAGAGGUUGCAUGGCAAUAUGUAGAAGGAGGCCACUUACGAGAAGUCAGACGUCUUCCAAUUGAAAAUGUUUUGUUCACAGGUUCCUCUGUAAAAGACAAUAAUUCAGGUCUGAAUAAUGCAUCAUCCACCGUACGGCUGAAUAUAUCCAUAAGCGAUGAUCCUCGCCAGUAUAAAUGCAUCACCCGUAACGAGCUGAUGGAUCCAGAAGAGGUGGUCAUAACACUCAGAGGUCCAUCAAAAAUCGCUUUGCUGAAUAAUGCGGGGAAAAUAUCUGAAGACUUCGUGCAUACAAAGUACGCUAAAAGUGUUGAUCGUAUUGGCAUAAAGAGUGAGCUUCAACAAACGGAUUUAGAUUUGACUGAACCGCACUAUCUGCUUCACCCUCAAUUCUCCCUUAUGCAAAUGGCUUUGGCAGUUGUAGGUACAUUUUUAAUAACCGCUAUUUUAUUGUUAUUCGGAGCACGAUGCUUCACUCGUUGCCAUUCACCGAACCUACUCCGUUUAUCAUCCGUUGCCAGUUCCAUAGACACUUCAGAUGCCAAGGUUGUGUAUCAAUCAGGCACUGUAACGCAUGUUGGGGGGAAAACUGUGGACAAGGCAUAUAAUCCAACAAAGCAGAAUGGAUCACAGACCAUACCGAAAUGCAGCAGCCAGGUGGCGAUGCAUCACACCCGAAACACUCACAACUGGCCUCAAGUUUUACUGUCUAGAAUUGAUGGUCCAGUUCCCAUGUCACCACAGUUUACUCACUUGGCCAACUUACCAAACCCAUAUUUUCAGUGUGCGAUGCUAACAAACACACAGCCCUCCUCCAACUCAGAAGCAGACGAUCUACACACAAGCCUGGCGCAUCUAGUUUCCACACCACUUCUUCCUACUAGUAGUACUCUCCGAGCUAAUUUAACCCCAGAAGGCGCUCUUUCUCCUUAUCCGCAAAAAAACCGCGCUGGUCAACAAACUCAAGUAACGUACUGGCCUUCAGUGACUUCCGGUUCUCCUUAUUCCGUGGCUGGAAGCCACGAGUACGAUAUUCCAAGAAUAUUAGAAAUGCCUCCAUACUCAAUGGUCAUUUCAUCCAGCACGCCCAAACAUUUCGAAGCGUCAAAUCAAACAGAUAUGUGCAAUUCUAUAAGUCAUCUGAGCUAACUUGUAGAAACUGUCCAUGCUUCAGGUCUUUCAACACGCCAUCCCCUAUCAUUUGACAAAUCGAAUCACUUGCCAUGUUUCACAAGAAACAGAAUUGUAAACACCAAAUGCUCAUCAAAGAGUUCAUUUUGUGAUAUCAGUUAUGAUGCUUCGAAACAGUUGCUGUUGUUUCUUCAUGGGGUACUUUCCACGAAACGGUGUCUCAAUGUUUCAAUGAGGAUAUGACGCAAUUUAUAUUGACACUCCAGGAUGACUCUGAGUAUAAAGAUGUUUGCUACAAUUGUAACCAAGCUGGUUCUUGUAACCGAGUUACCUCAUACUUGGUAGCCCAAUCGCGAGUCGCUGGUUUUAGUUGCAAGUCAUCGAAUUCAUCAGUGUGGUACUGUAUGAUCGAAAACACCUAUGGUGUUUCCUUUGAGGUCAGUGUUCACUUUUUCCAGCUUAUCAUUCAGGUUCCGUUUCGAACCGUCCAAUUAUAAGUAGUUAACUGGUUUUAUGAAAGCUCACUUCUGAAAUAAAUACCUACUUAAUUA